AUUAAGAUGUUUGAAACCUUCGAAGCGUUUCAACCCCACUUUAAUGCAUUAGCAAGAUUUGGAUAUUACAAAAUUGUUACAAAACCAGUAACGAAAUUUCAAUACAAGUUGCAUUAUUAUUAUCGUAUUAUUGUAUGGAUUGGUGUCGUUACUUACAACAUUCAACUCAUAAUUAGUUCUAUACAGACACUGAAUUGCACUGAACAGUUGUUGGGAACCUUGUUCAUACUUUUGACCACUUUGAAUACCCUUGGCAAACACAUUGCUUUCAAUCUGCGUGUUCGACGCAUCGACAACCUUAUUGGUGUACUUAAAGGCCCAUCUUUCGCAUGUCAAAAUUCAUUCCAUGAGAACAUAGCAAGGACUAAUGCUGUAUCAAUGGCUCGCCUUCUUAAACUCUACCAUAUUGCUGUAACCAUUUGUGGUGUACUAUUUACUGUUUAUCCGCUGAUAAAUCAGUUUUUGGGUCAAGAAGGGCAUGUUCCAGGCUAUUUUCCUUUCGAUACGAGUGAGGCACCAAUAUUUCAUUUAGUGGUCCUGUACAUGGGUGUACUUAUUUCUCUACAAGGUUUCGGUCAUGUAACUAUGGACUGUACGAUCGUAGGGUUUUAUGCGCAAGCAAAAACUCAGUUGCAGAUCUUUAGAUACAACUUUGAACACUUCGUUGACGAGUUUGAAUCUGACGGAACAACUACGGGUCGUUUUGAAUUUAUCGACGAGAAUGAAAAUCACAAGCGAGCGUUGCAAAGGAAAUUUGUGAGCUGUUUGGAUCAUUACGAAGGAAUUGUUCGAUUCGCAAAGGAAGUAGAGUCUAUUUUUGGUGAAGCGAUGAUCGUUCAAUUCUUCGUCAUGGUAUGGGUGAUAUGUAUGACCACGUAUAAAAUUGCUGGGCUUUCCAUCAUGUCAGCGGAGUUUGUUUCGAUUGUUAUGUAUCUUGGAUGCAUGUUAGCUCAGCUCUUUAUUUACUGUUAUUAUGGAACACAUCUAAAGGUAGAGAGUGAACAAUUAAACAAUUCCAUAUACCAGUCAGGAUGGCAGUCACUCUCGCCAUCUUUCCGUCGUCACCUGUACAUGCUGAUGGAGAGGUGUAAACGCUCGGUUGAGCCUCGCACUGCAUACAUCAUACCCAUGUCACUGGACACCUAUAUCUCUAAAACGCGGGCGGCGACACCGUUGACUCACGGACUCCGGCAGACAAUCCAGGAAUCCGCCUCUUCAGUGCUCCGUACGUCUGGUUUCCGAGCGCAGGAGGCGCGGGCGGCGCGCGCGACCGCAUCAAUGAACCGGAAGUUCGACGCUCCCGCGCUAAGCGCAUUACGCAGCGGCGCGGUGCCAUUAAGCACCACAAGAUCCAUGAAGUCAACGGUCACCGUUUCGUGGCGAAAUUUUUCCGGCAGCCGACUUUUUGCGCAUUUUGUAAGGAAUUUCUAUGGGGGUUUGGCAAGCAAGGCUACAGAUGUGUCGUGUGUCAGACCGCUGUUCACAAGCGGUGCCACAGCAAGUUACUUGGCAAAUGUCCGGGCUCUACAGCCUAUUCAGACGCGACUGUGUAUUUAAGGGAGAGGUUCAAAGUAGAUGUACCGCAUCGUUUUCGCCCCCACCAGUUCAUGUCACCAACAUUUUGCGACCACUGCGGUGCUCUCCUCUACGGUUUUUUUAAGCAAGGCUUAAAGUGUGAA